UCUUUUCUUUUGCACUUCCUAAUACUUUCUUGUACUCUGUUGUUUCCUAAAGAGCAUCACUCUGUAAACCGCCAUAUCAUCCCUUUAUAUCUCUCCGCCGAUUCCUCAGCAGAAAUACGCAUCACUUUCGAAUCGAAUCAUCUCCAUCAUCGCUUCUCUCAACCGUCGACAUUCCGCCAGCAAACGCCGCAUCUUUGAGGUGACCCCCUCCAGCAAUCCAUCACUGAAGUCUUUCGUUUUUAAUGCUUUGAGGUGGAAUGUUAUGAACUUAUGGAUAGCAAAUCUGGAUUUUAAGUGUACCCAUUGUGAAUUCAUAGAGAUAUUAACAGACUGUUGUCAAGAAUUUACAAUAGACAACUGAAUGCUGCCUUGUAGGGAAGACAUGAUUCUUAUUGACAAGAAAAAUCGUGGACUAAAUAAUGGAGGACUUUCCAAUUUUACCCAGGCUAUUACGGGUCAAGAACAGAAUGCCAUAGUUCUGCAUUUCAAGAAUGAGCUAAUGACGUCGGGAAAAGCAGUUAAACUUAAAAAUGUAGCAAUCAUGACAGUUUCUGAAGAAGAUACUUAUAGAGAUUACGAUGGUUGUCCAUCGAAAUUCUUAAUCUCUUGUUUGAAUCAGAUUGAAAAUGGUCUGAAUCAUGAUGGAGCCUUCGUUAAUGAGAGGGAUAGACGAUUCUUUGCUUUACCAUGGGGGUUCGAAUUUUGGAAGUGUUAUUCAAAUGGGAAAGAUAUUGUGGAUACAAGUCAAGCUGAUUCUGCCAUUGAUCAGAUUGCUUGGAUUGUAUCGACGGCUUCAGAUACUAUAGCAAGAAAAGAAGAAGAAUUAUCUACCACAAGCCCCUUCCUUGUAUACCUAGUCCCCUCUCAACAGGAGGCAAUUAAGGUUCUCAAGGUCUGCAAUCCUUUGAAAGCAUGUGGAACAUAUACAGUCUGCCUACAUCCAGGCACUUCCAUAGACCAUCAAAUUAAUGACCUGAAGACAUGUGAACCGGAGUUUAUUAUCUCCACCCCUGAGAGACUCACAGAGCUCAUCUCGCUUAAUGCUAUUGACUUAUCCGGGGUUUCUUUUCUGGUUAUUGAUGGUCCGGCUUAUGAUGUCCGUAGUGUUGAAGCCAUUAAAAGUAUUAAGAAUUCCAUUUCCAGCACUUCACAAACUAUGGUUUUUGGUGGUUGCCUGAAUCAAUAGUCAGCUUCAACUUCAUAGAAAUUCUUUUAUAUAUGGAGUUGGGUUGCAGUUUUAUUAGCUUAUUGUAUCUUCAAUUAUAAUGAAGUUUACAGUUGAGGCUUAUUUUUUUGGCAAUGUUGAGGCUAUUCUUUUUGGCAAUGUUGAGGCUAUUCUUUUUGGCAAUGUUGAGGCUUAUUUUUAA